AGCAGGCGUGCUCGCUGUUUGCAGCAGUGCCCAGCCUCUCUCUGCGAAAUAAUGCUUUUUGUAUUCCCGCAUGCCGUUUGUUUUCUUUUAUAAAAAGUGAAGUGCAGACAAGUCAUAGUCUUAACCGUCAUGGUCUAUCGUCGAUACAGUAGGUUGACCUAGCUCAUACGAUCCUCAUCAUCAAACGGUGGGUACUCGGCUCUGGCGUCAUGCAUGCACUACCACAGCCGGGGAACCAACGUUUUAUCAAGGUAUAAACAGGAUGAGGCCUAUUUGUUAGACCCCGACCAACCCACCUCCGCUCAACGAGAAUAUCAUCGUGAUGGCCGAUGAUGAUGAUCAACAACAACCUGGUCAGCUGAAGCCCAACUCGGGAUUGGGCUCUCUUCCAACGUUAGUACCAGGACUACAGGGCCCCGAGGCCAAUGCGUUGCAGUACAAAAUAAAGAAUUCAAUUUGCAAAUCUGUACAAUCAAAAGUGGACAACAUAUUGCAAGAUGUUGAGAAGUUUACAGACAUCGAGAAACUCUACCUCUACCUUAAGUUGCCUUCUGGUCCCAACAAUGGCAUUGAUAAAAGGACUGAGAAUCAGAGAGCCUCCACUCCUGGACUAUGUGACCAGAGUGGCAUGUCGUCCAGCAGAACACAGCAGAUGUACGCUUUCAACUGGAUCCGCAAUCACCUAGAGGAGCACCCUGAGACAUCACUGCCAAAGCAAGAGGUGUACGACGAAUACAAGAGCUACUGUGACAGUCUUGCCUACCACCCACUGAGUGCUGCAGACUUUGGAAAGAUCAUGAAGAACGUCUUUCCCAACAUGAAGGCUCGCCGCCUGGGCAUGAGAGGCAAAUCUAAAUACUGUUAUAGUGGACUGAGGAAAAAAGCUUUUGUUCACAUGCCUUCUCUGCCCAACUUGGACUUACAAAAAUCAGAUGACGGGUGUGAGUUAAUGGAGCCGUCGUUGGGCCAGUCUCCCAGUGCAGAGGAUGAGAUGCGCUCAGCGGCCUGUGGCUUGGUGUGUGAGUGGGCUCAGAAGGUCCUCAGCAGACAGUUUGAUUUCAAGGACCUGGCUCAGUUCCAUUUCAACAGUCACUUCAUUUCAACCAAGUCCAUGGCUGCCCUUUCUUCUCAUCUGUGCGUCUCACCAGGUCUAAAGACGCCCACGCCAACCUCUGCGUUCGUGCCCACGUCCGAGGCCUCGUCCUUCCAGCCGCAGGUGAAGACGCUGGCCUCUCCCUCGGUGGACGCCAAGCAGCAGCUCCAGAGGAAGAUCCAGAAGAAACAGCAGGAGCAGAAGCUCCAGUCCCCCCUGCCUGGAGAGGCCCAGGGACAGAACCAGGCCAGGAGGACCGAGGCCAGCACCCCAGGGCCAGCUAUCCCCUGUGGAAGUCCUGCUCUGCUCUCACCACAACCUACCAUUGGUAUAGUGGUGGCAGCCGUCUCCAGUCCCACCACGGUCCAGAGGAGCAGACAGCUGAUGACUUCCCCUAGCCCAGUGGGAUCCGCCGAGGGGAAGGUCCUGCCAACGGUCAACUUCCAGGUGGUCACCCACACCCAAUCUCUGACCCACAGGCAGUCCCCAAAGACUCCCCAAAACAUCUCAGCCAGCCCCGUGGGCGACCGCCUGGCCAGGCACAGGUACCCCCAGAUCCUCCCCAAGCCCUCAGCCACAGGGGCCAUCACCCUGCGUUCGCCCCCCACCCUGCUCAUCACAAACAGCCCCAUGAAGACCCACCACGUUGUCAAGAUGACCGCCAUCUCCCUGGCCCCUAGCAACACUCUCAGUACCAGCAGUAACAGUAUGGUCCUCAGGCCAGCCUCGACCGGGGUGGGAACCACCACCACCACCACCUCCUUUACCACCAUUGCUGCCCUAGAGGAGGUCCAGCAACAGGGACAGAGCCAGAGAGGCCCCCCAGCCCCAGCCACCCCCCAGUCCCCUGCAGCAUGGCCUGGCGCCCCACCCUCCACCCCUAUUCCCACAGUGGUCCCUGAGGCCAUCAUCACUGAUAAUAACCCGGGCUGUAACUCUGAUAAACGGAGCACCAUAAAGCAGUCCCCCUGUGGGGCCAAAGGUCCAGAGAGAGCCACCAAGUACCGGGCGGCCAGCGAACCCUCGCUUAUGGUUAAAUGCUCACCAGGACCUGACAGAGUGACCGCUAGGACCAAAAGCGUCUCAUUCUCCUCCACCUCUCCUCCAGCUGCUGCCACCAAUGCAGCGAUCAAGUGGGCGGGGCCUCAGCAGGACAGCAAUAAGAGCAUCAUCGCCACCACCUGUCAUCAAGAAAGUCCUUUGUAUCUGACCGUUGCUCCCUCGGCCAAUCAAAAUACUCCUAACGUCAGCGGAAUGUCCUCCUCGUCCAAUGGCUCGUCGGCUGUUACCUUAUUGUCCCCUAAAGACUCCUCGUUCGGGGUCAAGAGCCCCAGGAAGCGGGCCGGCCCCGGGCUGGAUUCCUCCCACGUCAUCCCUGUGAAGCGCGUCUUCAUCUCCCAGCAGCCUUUGAGUGUGACCUUUGACCCCAAACCAUGGGUUCCAGCUAGACCUGGCACGCCUGCCAGACCUGAGAGUGCCCCCUGUCGAGUGACGGUGAAACAACACCUAGUGCCCACGAAGAUCCUGGCGCUGUCCGACUCACCUGUCGCGAACGCAGAGAUCUCCUCCCUCUCUUCCUCGCAGGCUGUCGUCAGUGUGAAGCCACAGAUCUCCUCGUUGCUGGUAGUGAAACGCGAAGACCCGUCCUCUCGAGGACUAACACUAAGCACUGUCAGCAGUUACACCAGCAGCACUGCAGCCCCUGAUAGCACCACCACCACAGUGUCUGAGCAGCAGCAACACUCUCAGGCCUCUGUCUCUGUGAUGGUGGUAGGAGCACAGCAUCAAUCUGAGGCCUCUGUUUCUGAGAUGGCGGUAGGGGCACAGCAUCAAUCUGAGGCCUCUGUUUCUGCGAUGGCGGUAGGGGCACAGCAUCAAUCUGAGGCCUCUGUUUCUGCGAUGGCGGUAGGGGCACAGCAUCAAUCUGAGGCCUCUGUUUCUGCGAUGGCGGUAGGGGCACAGCAUCAAUCUGAGGCCUCUGUUUCUGCGAUGGCGGUAGGAGCACAGCAUCAAUCUGAGGCCUCUGUUUCUGCGAUGGCGGUAGGAGCACAGCAUCAAUCUGAGGCCUCUGUUUCUGCGAUGGCGGUAGGAGCACAGCAUCAAUCUGAGGCCUCUGUUUCUGCGAUGGCUGUAGGAGCACAGCAACAAUCUGAGGCCUCUGUUUCUGUGAUGGGGGAUAUAAAGAGCACAAUGUGGGAGGAGUCAGCUGCGGGGCACCCGGAAGAGCUGCAGAAACAGACCUUCAGUCAGAAUAUACCAGCAGACCACACCAAGCAGCAGGCCCUGGGCUCCACCAUGAACCAACACCAACUCCCAAACAUCAUGUCCCAGACCUCAGACUCCUCUGAUCAGUUAUCUGGUCUUCACCAGGAGAUGGUGGACUUUGCCUCCUCAGCCUCCCAGCACGGCUCCACCAUGGACUACUUCUCCUUUAACGAUGACGAUAUGACCCAGGACAGCAUAGUGGAGGAACUGGUUCAGAUGGAAGAACAGAUGAAGCUGAAGGGCCUCCAGCCGUUGUUCAGUAGCUGUGUGGAUAAUAUCUCUCUCCAGGGACAGCCUGGUGUCCCCCAGGGGUCCAUCCUCAACACUCACCACCAGGGGGAUAGUUCCUCUUUCUACCAGUCUGCUCAUAGCAGCACAACCCCCAUCCAGACUCCCACCCCGACUCCCACCCCGACUCCAACCCCGACCCCCACCGAGAUGACUCUCGGUGGGCACGGGCUGACCAGAGAGAGCCCCUGUUGCCAUCACAGCAUGGCCCCUAUUACGCCCGUGGAGGGGCCUCUAGGAGGCCGACACACCCCUAUAAGCGCUCUGUCUAACUGUUCUAGCGGCAUCCCGCCCAGCCCGGUGGAGUGCAGGAACCCGUUUGCCUUCACCCCUAUCAACUCCAGCAUGGCAGGGGGUUACCACGAUGCCUCCGUGGUGUCUGUCUCCUCCAGUCCCAUCAAGCCCAUGCAGAGACCCAUGGCCACUCACCCUGAUAAGGCUAAACUGGAGUGGAUCAACAACCGCUACAACAGUAGUGGUACUGAAGCUACUGGAGGAGUCGGAGCAGGGCCAGGGUCUGGGUUAUCCAUCUCUAACCACAGCCUUGGUGGACUCCUGCCUAGUUACCAGGAUCUAGUGGAUGACCAUUUCCGUAAGCCGCACGCCUUCGCUGUUCCGGGCCACAGUGGCCAGUCUUUCCAGUCUCAGUCCAGACUGCAGGAUGGCGAACACUUCUCUCCCAUCUCCCCGGUGCAACAGCAGAUGACCAGCGUGUCGACCACGCCCACCAACACUCCAACCAAACAGGAUGAGAGAUUUGCUGUGCCCGCUCCUUUAGACAACAAGGGCGGCGCCUCAUCGUCGGGGGGCGGGACGUUCCGUUGCCGUAGCGUCAGCCCCGCCGUCCGCCAGAGGACCUUCAGCGGCACCGGCACAACACCCGGCACUAGCACAACCACUCAAUUGGUCGUCUCCCCUUUCAGCUCCCCCAUGACCUCCUCCGAGAUACUCAGCUUCCUGUCCAACAGCCAAUCGGUGGGCAGUAACCUCCACAGCAUGGCCCAGCGCAGCCAAUCGGUGCCCUUAAACAUCAUGAUGCAGAGCGUUGUGGAGAUGGAGCUGCUUCCUGUAGAGAUGCAGGCCAUCCAGGGACAGAACCAGAGUAACGCCAAUAAGAUCACCAACGUCCUCUUGAGUAAGAUGGACUCUGGCGUGGACGACACAGUCAGGGGCCUGGGCAUCAACAACUUCCCCUCCAACUACACUGCCCGCAUGAACCUCACCCAGAUGCUGGAGACCCAGUCUCAGAGCCAGGCCACCAAUGGGAGCUUCACAACCGGAAGGGGAGGAGGUAACACCCACCAAUCCCACCUUCAGCUGCAGACCGUCAGCUCCAGCCCUGCCUCCUUCGACCUCCAGCAGCAUGGGGGCUACCUCACCAGCGCUGGAGGAGGCGGGGGGGGUGUGAGCUUCUCCUCUGGAGACAACCAAGCACAAUCAGGUCCUGGUGAGAAUGUGGACCUGGAGCUCCAGCAGAUCCAGGGCCUCCAAGAGCUCCAGACCCAGACCCAGCUCCAAUCCCAGGCUAGACUGCUCCAGAGUCCCCAGCUCCAGGGUGGGCUCCAGCUUCUCCAGACCCAGACCCAGCUCCAAUCCCAGGCUAGACUGCUCCAGAGUCCCCAUCCCCAGCUCCAGGGUGGGCUCCAGCUUCUCCAGACCCAGACCCAGCUCCAAUCCCAGGCUAGACUGCUCCAGAGUCCCCAUCCCCAGCUCCAGCUUCUCCAGACCCAGUCCCAGGUACUCCUCCAGCCCACCCCCACCCAGCAGCAGCAGGAGGAUGACGCCCAGCAACAGCUAGACUUCAACAACACUGUUAAAGACCUGUUAGGUGAUGACGGCCUCAACGUUGACGCUGAAGGCCUCAACCCCAGCUCUCAACUGGUCGGUCAGGUGGCGUCAGAGCUUAAUGCCGCCGUGGUGUCCGACUUCACCAAUGACAUCAGGUUGACCUCCGACCUUUCCAACAGCAUCACUGACCUGAACACACUGGACGCCAACCUCCUGUUCAAUCCGUCCAAUCAGCAGCAAGAACAGUACGAAGACGCCACACUGGAAGAGCUGAAGAACGAUCCUCUGUUUCAGCAGAUAUGUAGUGAUACUGUGAACUCCUCGUUCGACUGGCUAGAGAGCAAAGACCAGCCUACUACCGUAGAGAUGUUGGGCUAAUGUUGUUUUUGGACGCAUCCCAAAUGGAUGCUCAUUCCCUACAUAGUGCACUACUUUUCAUCAGGGUCCAUAGGGUCGACCCAUAGGGCCUGGUCAAACGAAGUGCACUAAAUAUAGGGAAUAGGAUGCCAUUUCAAAUGCAAACCAGUAUUUUUAAAUAAGUAUUUAUGGUUUUCGUUUUGUUGUCUUUUGUUUUGAACUGUGAGUAAUUUGUAUACAGUGUAUUUGGGAAAAUAUUCAGACCCCUUCACUUUUUACAGUUUGUUACGUUACAUUCAUUCUUAUUCUAAAAUGUAUUCCAUUGUUUUUUCCCCCUCCAUCAA